GAAUCGCAAGUUUUCAGGUCGAAUUUGUUUACAAAAAAUUUUGAAACUUUUUAAUAACAUAAAAGUCAAAAUAAAAUGGCACGUAGAAAGAAGAAAGGAACAGGUGUAGUGAGAAAAUCAUACAACAAAUCAACACUCAAGUUUGCAAAUGACGUAGGCGAUAAUUUCAUUAAGAAAUGGAUAAAAUCACAAUCCGCGCCAAAAUCAAAGGAAUAUGAUUUGUGGAAUGAGAUAAUAGAAAUUGAUUCGGACGAUCAAUUUGAUGAACUUGAAUGUAACUUAAAAAUCUUUGAAAAACCAUUGAGAAGUUUAUUGAAAAAACGUCCUGACACAUUUUUAAGAAAACGAUUUAAUUUAGAAUGUGAAUGGGAUAAAUGUUGUUUUGAAAGCAUUGAUCAGAAGAGUUACGUAAACCACGUCCACGAUCACUUGAUGGUUUUAUCGAAUUCACAACUAAAAUGUCAAUGGAAUCUUUGCAAGUUUGAAACUGAAGAUAGAACUGAUUUUUUACGUCAUCUCGAUUAUCAUGCUUAUCAUACUCGUUUAAAAACUUUUGGCUUAGGCUUAACAAACAUUCUUUCCAUUCCAAACUGUCAAGGCGAUUCUAAGCUUAGAAAUAUCAUUCCAUCAGUUUCAGCAGAUUACUUUUGUUACUGGAAUAAUUGUACAGAACAUUUUCCAACAAUAAUCGAAUACUUUGAGCAUGUAAAUAGUCACAUUAAAGAGGAAUAUGAAACAGGAAUUGUUUCGUCUUCAUUCCGACGACCAAAUCUGCGCUCAAUCAAAGUAAAAUGUUUAUGGAGUCAAUGCAAUAAAGAAGUUCCAAAUGUUUUCGAACUCAAACGACAUUUGAAGACACAUACGAAAGAAAAGUUGAUUGGAUGUGGAAAUUGUGGAGCUCUUUUUAUCAAUAAGCCUAUGUUUAUUAAUCAUUGCAUACGACAAGUUUUGAACGAACGAAGCUUUCAAUGCAACGACUGUUUAAAGUGCUAUCCGACGAAGAAUCUAUUGAAGGAUCAUUCUCGCUCUCAUGUAAAUAAAUUUCAAUGUAACUUAUGUGGCUUAAGUUGUCAGAAGAAAUCGGUUCUCGCCCGACAUAUUCAAUAUCGGCACAUCACUGAGAGGCCUUUUGCUUGUGAUGAAUGUGAUUAUAAAGGAAAAACAAAACAAGAUCUUGAUGGACAUUCGAAUGUUCAUAAGAAUAGAACUGAAAAUCCCUACAAAUGUGAAGUUUUUCAGUGCAAUUAUUCGUCAAAAACUUUAAUGGCUUUGAAACGACACGACGCUAAAGAACAUUUCGGUCAACCUCAGAUUUAUGCUUGCCAUUGUUGUAAGAAGACAUAUCUACGAGGAUAUUUACUGAGCAGACAUCUCAUGAGACUUCAUUCAUAUCGUCUUGCACCUGGCCACUCAAGAUUUAUCUACAAACGAGAUGCCGACGGAUAUUUUAGAUUACAAACUAAACGAGUUGAGAAUUUACAAUCACUUUCGGAGCCUUUGUGUUCAAUGACUGAUGAAGAUUCAAAUAUGGUCGUUUCUUACGAAAUUGAUAAAAUUGAUUUGAACACCGAUUCGCUCAUUAAUGUGAAGUUGAAGAAAGUUGAACGUCCUAAGCAAAUGGAGACUCCAACCUACCAAUUCUUCACUGAUGCCUCUACAGAAGAUUCUAAAGAUAUCAACGACUUCGCUAUUGUUAAACAUUAUAUUUCAAAACGGAAAAACACUGAAAAAUAAAUUUACAAAUAUCAAUAAAUUCUUUAGUUAAGAU